AUGGCUUCGUCACCAGAGGGCGAUCUUCCGGCGGAGUGGCUGCUUCCGCACGUACUCGCGGCGUUCCCCGAGACCCACUCGCCACAGCGCAAGAAGAACCUGACACUCGAACGCAGGGUCUAUGUCGCGGGCCACGGCGACUCAGAGUUUCCGCAGGAGACAUCUGCGCAACUGCUGGCGCUUGUGGAUGCCAACCUGGGCACUAUGUACGAGGAGUUCGCGGGCGAAAUCUACACGGGGCUUCCAGGGCGCCGCAAGAGACCGCCCUGGUCUGCCGCACAAUGGCAUCCUCGCAAGCUUCAAGAAAUGCAAACACCAGAGCUGGUGUAUGUGGUAUACUACGAUGCAAACACUAAUUCAGCACGCCAGCCGUUGGCGUUUGUAUCGCUGCUGUUGACGCACGAACCAGAAAUGGCCCCGCACGCUCGGGUGGUCUAUUUGUACGAGCUGCAUGUUGCGCACGUGAUCCAGCGCUGUGGCAUGGGCACGUGGCUUCUGCGUGAGUGCACGGGCGCGCUGGUGCGCGCCCUGGGUGUGUGGGUGGAUGGGUUUUGCGGCCUGGAGCUGACCGUGUUUCGUGCCAACACGGACGCGCUCCGUUUAUACUGUGAUCGUCUUGGCAUGCAGACGGCUCCGUGGUGGGCCCUCUCGUAUGGCACGGAGCGGGCCGAAUCGGAUGCGUCGGACCAGCCUGUGGCUGCGCGGGUGCGUCGUUCCCGACAACGCCACAACCGCCCUGCCUACUGCGUGCUUUUCUGGGAUGGUCGUCACUAG